UUUUUCCAUUUUUUUUUCCUCCUUAAUCUUGUGUGUGUUUUCAAAAUUUUUAAAAAUAGAGAUCUGUGGCAGUGUUGGGGUGAGGAAACUGUUGCUAAGAGGAAUUUGCUCUUUCCCCCAUUUCUUUUUCUCUCUCUCUUCCUCUUUCUUUUUCCUGGUCAAGGUUUUAAAUAUACCAAGAAGUUGAGAACAGAAUGGCCGUGUGCAACUGUUUCUAGCCAAAUUUACUGAGUUUUUUUUUUUCUUCUUUUUGCUAUCACAUUUUAAGAACUGGUAAAUUUUUGUGGUUAAGGGAUUUUAAAAUUUAGCCGCUUGGGAAGUACAGAUUUCUUUUUUACUGCGGGGUGUAGGGAUAAUGUAAAUUUCUGCCACGGGCAACAUCGAAGGAAGCAGAGAUUUGAGGCUCCCUCACAAAAGCCUUCUAGCGUGCGUUUUACACAUCUUCCCCAGAACCAAAACCAGGUGGCUUAGAUGUGGCAAUUGUCUGAGUCCAAUAGGUUAAAAAUAUUGGGAUAUUAUAAUUGGGUUACUCAUUUCCCUGGAGAGAGGGGAAAUACCUUCUUACCGUGUGUCUUGCACACACAAUUUCACAAGGACAUUUCUCUGUGAGUGUGUGUGUGUAUGUGUGUAUGUGUUUCUUAAAGCAUAAUUUUGUAAAAAAAUUAUCUUGGGGUUUAUUCUUUGUGUAUAUGUACAAUAUGUGUAUAUGUGCCAUAUCAGAUUUUCAAAAGUGAUUCUUUUUAUGUGUUCCACGUAAACCCUAGGAUGUGAAUUUUUUUUUCUGUUGUAUUCCCAAAUAUGAUCAAAACAGGAUUUCAUGUGCAAACUAGAGCUUAGAAGAAACCCUAUGCUUAUCAUACUUAGGCACUUUCAUUCUAUGUGCAUUUACUGUAUUUUUCUGCUCCUGUUUUAAAGGAUCAGAUUAGUGAAAAAUAAUUAUCAGGAAGUAUAUAGUUCAUGUGGCAAAUGAGGGGAGGCAAUUUAUUGAAUCUGUGGUUCAAAGCUACCUUUAGUGACUGUUUUGCCUAAGUGGUUUUGCUUUUUAUUGUCUCACGUUCUUAAAUGUACAGCUGUGUAUAUUUUGGCCUUUAUGUGUGGUUUGGUUGAUGUGUUCAGAAGGGAAAUUCUCUCUUGGCUUUUUGACAAAAUGGUCGUUUAUUGGUUGGGAUUUGUUUGAAAAGCUCCACAGCUGGCAAAGUAUCAGAAAAAAAAUCCAGGCAGGUCCAAUUCUGGGGCCAAAAGGAAGCAAAAACAAGUGAUAGAAGAAACAAGAAAUGCAUUUUUGGUUAUAAUGUUGCAUUUUUAGAAUUAAAAUCUCUCUCCCUAAGAGACUCAGAAAAAUGAAUGAGAAAACAACAGUCUCAGAGCAGAGCAUCCUUGCUAUAGGAGUAUAUGUAUGGUCACUUCAUUCUUAUAAGACCAGUCUCCCUUAUUAGGAAGAAGUCAUAUAGAAAAUACCUACAACAUAUUUAUAUUUGUAUAUUGGAUUGAAAGCAUAGGAAGUAUAUGGGUGAUCAGGGAGAAACUGGAAUGUCACUAGCAGCAACCAGGAGAUAGAAGGAUCCACUACAGGGUUCAAAACCUCUGUAUGAUGAUAAUCAUACCUAUCCAUUCCUCAGCUAGUGUCCUACUCGAUUUCAAACGACAUUUAAGACACUUAAGUGACAACUGCAAUAAACUUACUUGCCAAGGUCUUGAAUUUAUUAUAAUGAAAAUGACCCUGAUGAGCUCUCUUGUGUUUUUUGUUGUUGUUGUUGUUGUUUGUUUGUUUGUUUUUGUUUUUACCUGUACCAAGUAUAUUUUUAUUCACAAAAACUGCAAGUCAGAUCAUUGCUUAAUAAAUACUGGCUCUAAUGUGGAUCAUUCCACAAGCCUAGACCUGGAUUUUUUUUUUUUUUAGUCUAAUCUGACUCUGGUGACCUUUGUAAUCAUAGCAGUGACAGGAUUGUUAAUGGGGUUUUACCUUAAGUCUCCCACAUCACUGCACAUUAUUAUGUACACGAUUUAGCUUCCCAGAAAAGGGAGAGUGGUACACAGCCACUUCCUAGGUAUUCAAUGUCUACAUCUUGGAAUGUAGCUCAUUCAUAUUCCAUGUCCUCACUAUGAGUUUCUAAGGGGAGAAUCCUUUCUGCGAAUAUUUCGUUGGCUUGGCUUUCUUACCAAGGCAAAGUAAAGCUAAACUCAGUUGAUUCGGCUUGGGAAUCCUAGGGUCCCCUAGAGAUUAAAACUUCUUUUAACUAAUAAGAACUGCCACUUUGCAAGCGUUAUGUAGAAAAAUCUGUAACCAAGGCCUUCAGUAACUAAAACCAGCCACCACCAAGCAUAUAAAACUGAUUUGUGGCCACUGUACUUAUAAUCGUGUACACAGCUUUGUGAGCAGCGGAGGACAGAAAUAAGUAAACAAACAAACAAAAAAAAAAGGAGCUAAAGAUGGCGUCUGGCGGCCUUGAAAACGCUUCGCAGUCGUGUUCCUCCCUGAUGAGGCCCCCUCCCCUCCCUAGCUCGUGGAGUGACUGGGAAUUGCCGCCAAUGGCGUUCUUGGCCCUACACCCCUGUCUUCCCUCCGCCAAUCACUGGGAACCAGAGGACAAGCGGGCGGUUCCUCGCCGCGUGCGUGCGCUGGCCAGGUACACGGGCGGGCGCUGUUGACUCCUCGGCAUUCCGCGCACGCCGCGGCCUUGCUGAGUCAGCGGAUGCGGUAACGCGGGACACCCGCUUAUGUGGCGCCCCGUCUGUAUUUUUGCGGCGAGCGCAUCCCCUAGCCCAAGUUCUCAGAGCUUUGGUGACUACCAAAGUAGUUGACCCAGCGUAGUCCCCGACCUCCCUACGGGCAUGGGGCUGUCCGCUGUGGGUCCCUGAAUGACCCUUUACCCCGGAUUGCCAGGGGACAGUGGCGGGUCCCCUGCAGCCUAGCGACUAGGGUCGGAUUUCUGCUCCCAUCGUCACUGCGCUCACCCUGUCUGUAACUGAAUCACACUGUCUCGUCGGGGUGUUUCUACUGUCCCUUGUGCCCACUUUGUCAUCUUUGUCUAAUAUUUAAUCAACUAACAUUUACUGAGGGCUUGAUGGGCACACGAAAAAAUUUCUAGGAGCUAGGUUCCCAUUUCAGAAAUGCAGUGAAAGUCUUUUACAUCAGACACAUUUAUACGAAAACCUGAAUUUUUAAUCUUACCACCAAAUGUAAACGAGGACUUUGCUGUGCUGGGUUUAAACCUCUUUCCAUGCUAUAUUAGUAAACUUGUAAUUUUUGGAUUAUUUGGAUUUAUUUUGUUUAAGAUCCUGUUCUGCCCUCUGGGUCUACAAUUCUUUUUUUACACUUAAUAAUGAGGUCUUAGAUUUUUUCGCACCUCAUUAGACAGGUCAUUCUUUUAAAACGUAGGAAAAUUGUAUCCUGCUUACCUGCUCUUGUGUGAUCAAGAGCUCAUUUCUGAUACGAAUAGGUUUUGAGAGAAUCUUCUAACAGGUGAGCCAUUUUCCACCUUGAAGUGGAGGAGCAGGGCUGACCAGCAGACCAGGAGCUUUAAGUGGCCAUUUUCCUUUUUUAUUUCUCAAAAUGAAGAUUAUGAUAUGAAUUGCUGUGCUUUCAGUAAUCACAUUUAAGAAAGUCCAUUUCUUGCCUGACCCUGAGUGAGUCAAAGGCCCAUUAUGAGAACAUAUAUCAUCUGAGGGAUACCAUAUCACACACAUUCUAUUAAAUAGUAAGAAAACUUUUGUUUUUCAUAGUUUGGAGGUGAACUCAAUCAUGCAGAAAAUUCAAACUCAGAUGGAGAGAAAGCAAGCCAGGGAACUGCCAAGAUUUUGAUAUAUUUAGUCCUAACAAAAAUACAUGUGACUAGAGAGGAAAGGGAUACUUAAGAUUAUGGACAGUUUCACCCUAAACUAUCUCUAAAGGAGAUGAGUUUUCUUUCUUUUUUAUCUAAAUAUUUGUGAAGUAGAAGUAUAUUGAUAAAUACAUUUUAUAGGCUCAUUUCACAUGUAUGAAUUAGACCAAUACUGAAAUCAACCCCAAAUACAUACAUUUUAUACAAACCUUGGUUUGACAACUGGGGUUUUGUGUUGGCAACUCAUAAGAUUGACAAUCUUUUUCUUAACAUCCAAUUCUAAAAGUUGAUAGCAUUUUACAAAACGCAUGUGUAUUGCUUUAUGGUGGUCUUAGUUUAUUUUCUCUCUCUCUCUCUCUCUCUUUUUAAGUAUCCAAAUACUUAACCCCUGAGCUACAUCCCUAGCUCUUUUUAUUUUUUAUUUUGAGUCUUGCUAAAUUGCUGAGAAUCUCACAAAGUUAUUCAGGCUGGCUUCAAAUUUGUGAUUCUUCUGCAAACAGCCUCCCAAUUUUUUUUUUUUUUUUUUUUUUUUUUUUUUUUUUAUUGUUGUGAGGAUUGAACCUGGGGCCUUGUGCAUGCAAGGCCCAUGAGAGGCAGCCAUGGACUGUGUGCUCCUUCACGGCUUACCUACUCCUCCUUCACAGAACCCACAACCUGGAGUUCCGACUCCUCUGACCACCCUCCAUGAGAAAGAAAAGUGAAUCCACAGAGGCCAGUGCUUCAACAUCAUAAAGUCCAGUUGACCAGAGCACCUUUGGGAGAAGCCCAGCGAGUGAGCACGGUUGUUACUGUGCCUAUCAGCCAUGUCCUUCAGUGCCACCAUUCUCUUCUCCCCUCCCAGUGGCAGCGAGGCCCGAUGCUGCUGCUGUGCCUGUAAAAGUGAGAAUAGCGGAGGCAGCGCAGGCUCACAGGGCGGGAACCCUCCUGCCAGCACCCCCAUCACAGUGACUGGACAUGGCCUGGCUGUCCAGAGCUCUGAGCAGCUCUUGCAUAUUAUCUACCAGCGGGUGGAUAAGGCAGUGGGCCUGGCUGAGGCUGCUCUGGGUCUGGCCCGGGCCAACAAUGAGUUGUUAAAACGGCUCCAGGAGGAAGUGGGUGAGCUGAGACAAGGGAAGGUGUGCACCCCUGAUGAAGACGGGGAGAGCCGGGUCCACAGUCCCCCAACAGAGGAGCCUGGGCCCCUUAAGGAAAGUCCCAGGGAAAACUGCAAGACUCUGUCUGUCGUGGAGGAGGAGUGUGACAGUGUGGGCAGUGGUGUGCAGGUGGCAAUUGAGGAGCUGUGGCAGCUGGGGUCAGCCUCAGCAGUGGGACCUGGGCCUUUGGGCUUCCCAGCCUCUCAGAGAGACAUGAGGCUCCCAGGAUGUGCUCUGGCUGGGGGUGAGGGGACCCCUCUGCUCAAUCCGCUGGUGGAUGAUUAUGUGGCCUCUGAGGGUACAGUACAGCGUGUGCUGGUCCCAGCUUAUGCCAAACAGCUUUCACCAGCCACACAGCUGGCUAUCCAGCGGGCAUCUUCAGAGUCAGUGCCAGAAAAUGGAACCAAGCUGCCACCACCCCGCCCUGAGGACAUGCUCAGUGCUGCCGCUGCGUUGGACAGUGCCUUGGAAGAGUCAGGCUCCGGGAGCACUGGGGAGUUGAGGCACUCUCUAGGGAUCACUGCUUCCCCAUGCAGGACCAGAGGGAGUGGGCAGAAGAACUCCAGGCGAAAGCGGGAUCUGGUACUCUCUAAAUUGGUCCACAAUGUGCAUAACCACAUCACCAAUGACAAGAGAUUCAAUGGGUCUGAAAGCAUCAAGUCCUCUUGGAAUAUUUCAGUAGUGAAGUUCCUUCUGGAAAAGCUCAAGCAGGAGCUGGUCACCAGUCCCCACAAUUAUACUGAUAAAGAACUGAAAGGAGCCUGUGUGGCUUACUUCCUCACCAAGAGGCGUGAGUAUCGAAACUCCCUGAACCCCUUUAAAGGUCUGAAGGAAAAAGAGGAGAAGAAACUUCGAAGUCGCCGAUACCGGCUUUUUGCCAACCGAUCCAGCAUCAUGAGGCAUUUUGGACCUGAGGACCAAAACCUGUGGAAAGAUGUGACAGAAGAGCUGAUGUCUGAUGAGGAGGACAGUCUUAAUGAGCCAGGUGUCUGGGUUGCCCGCUCUCCUCGUUUCCGGGCCCAGCGCCUCACAGAGCUCUGCUAUCACCUGGAUGCUAACUCUAAGCAUGGCACCAAGGCCAACCGUGUAUAUGGGCCUCCCUCAGACAGACUGCCUUCUGCUGAAGCCCAGCUCCUUCCACCAGAACUUUACAAUCCUAAUUUCCAAGAUGAGGAAGAAGAGGGAGGAAAUGAGAAUGGACCCAUCUCUCCAUCGUUUGACCAACCCCACAAAACCUGCUGUCCUGACUUGAACUCAUUCAUCGAAAUCAAGGUGGAAAAGGAUGAGUGAAGUCUAUAACUAAGAAUAAUUCUGGCUUCUGCCACUCUCCCUGUCCCAUAAAUGGGUGGCUGUGGGGCUUCCCAGAAUAAUGAAAAGCCCUCUGCAGUCUGAGAAAGAAAGUUUGACUCACUUCUUAACAUAGUCUCUCCUGGAAGUGGAAGCUAGAAGCUCUCUCUGGUCGGGUGAAAGACUUAUCUAGAAGGGGAAAAACACCCUCACUGUGAAUGGCAAGCCAGAAAAUGCUUAUUCCUAAGCAUAAACAGUGCCACGGAGGAGCAUGGCAUGAGAAAAGGAGGAUGGGUCUAAGAAAUACCAACCCUUCUUGACACAUGUCUCUCUCUCUCUCUGAGUCAUUUUCCCCCAAGGCUCAGGGAAAGCAGCCCUGGUUGUACCUUUUGCUUCCCCAUGACUGCAGGUCCAGUUCUGCAGAGGAAGCAGAAUGGACCAGUCCAGGGUAAUACUGCCACCUGGUGGUAAGUUUCAGUCAUGGGCUUGAUUCUUAUGAGCAAAAGAAGGUGGACUCCAUCACUGUUUGGGGACUGGAAUCUAGAUAUAAUAACUACUGCUUAUUGAAUUAUAUAAGGAAGAUUUUAUUAUCCCCAUCUUACAGAUGAGGAAAUUAAAGCUGUAAGAGUUCCAAUGUCUCACUGUCGGCUUUUCUCCCACUUUAUGACCAAACAGAAUACACAUAGUUAUUUUUCAUACUGUCAACCAAGCUGUACUUUGGAGAAUAUAUAGGUGUGUGCACACACAUGCUUUUUUGUUGAAAGCACUGAGAAGUAAAAUGGCCUUAUAUCCAUUCA